AUGAAGUUCUCACUACUCACUCUUGCCGCUGCCGUCCCCGCUCUUGCUGCCGCCGUUCCUGCUUCCGUCGAAACUGCUGAAGUCGACAAGCGCGCCAACUGCAAGCUUACCCUCCAAUGGGUCUCCAACUGGAGUGAAGCUGCCCUGAGAAGAUACCGAGUUCAGCUUAUCACUGAGCCACGAAAUGAUGACCACAUUCACAAGUACUGCGAUCUCUUCAAGGCUGAUGCCAUGGGAGCUCGCAACGUGCAAUGCUUCUGGACAGACGACGGAAAGUAUGUCAUUGACGAUAGCGAGGGUGAAGGCUCUCCUGGUCAUAGCCAAUACUUGAAGUACUUCAACAACGCAGCUAAAUACUUUGAGUGGGCCACUGGCUGCGAUACUGUUCGAAACCUCUAG